UUUUUUUAUUGAACAAGGAACCACGUCCGCUAAUCUCUUACCUCCUUUCAUAAAGUAAUCCUCAAACAUGACCCAACGCGACGUCUACAUCUCAGCUGUUGCCCGUACUCCUAUGGGUGGCUUCAACGGAUCUCUUUCCUCCUUGCCCGCCACCAAGCUUGGCUCCAUCGCUAUUGAAGCUGCUAUCAAGAAGGCUAACUUGCCCGCUGAAGCUGUCGAGGAAGUCAUCUUUGGUUGUGUUCUCCCCGCUAACCAGGGACAAAACCCUGCCCGCCAAGCUGCCCUUGGUGCCGGUCUUAAGAACACCACCAUCUCUACCACCGUCAACAAAGUUUGCGCUUCUGGAAUGAAGGCCGUCCAACUUGCUGCUCAGACCAUCAUUCUUGGCAACGCCGAGAUUGUUGUUGCUGGUGGUAUGGAGUCCAUGAGCAAUGUCCCUUACUACCUCCCCAAGCAGCGUUUCGGUUCCACCUAUGGUAACGCUGAAGUCGUUGACGGUAUUGUUGCUGAUGGUUUGACUGAUUUCGCCAACCAAUACUUGAUGGGUGUCGCCGCUGAGGAGUGCGCUACCGAGUAUGAAAUUACCCGUGAACAACAAGACGACUAUGCUAUUGAGUCCUACAAGAAGGCACAAGCUGCUCACGCCGCUGGUCAUUACAAGGGUGAAAUCGUUCCCGUCACUGUCUCUGGUGGACGUGGUAAGCCUGACCGUGUCGUUGAGGUUGAUGAUGAGUGUGGCAAGUUGAACGAGGAGAAGCUCCGUGCUGUCCGUCCCGCUUUCCAGCCCAAGAACGGUACUGUUACUGCUCCCAACUCGUCUCCCCUUUCUGAUGGUGCUGCUGCCAUCGUUCUCGUCAGCAAGGAAGCCGCUGAGAAGUACAACCUUCCUUUGCUCGCCCGUAUCCGCGGUUGGGGUGAUGCUGAGCAAGCUCCCGAGCGCUUCACUACCACUCCCUCCCUUGCCAUUCCCAAGGCCUUGAAGCAUGCUGGUGUUUCUGCUGAGGAAGUUGAGUUCUAUGAAAUCAACGAAGCCUUCUCCGUUGUUGCUUGCGCCAACAUGAAGAUCUUGAACCUUAGCGCUGACAAAGUCAACGUCUUUGGUGGUGCCGUCGCAAUGGGCCAUCCUCUCGGAUGCAGCGGUGCUCGCGUCAUUGCCACUCUUCUCAGUGUCUUGACCCACAAGGAAGCUAAGAUUGGUGCUGCUGGUAUUUGCAAUGGUGGAGGCGGUGCUUCUGCUAUUAUCAUCGAGCGUUUGUAAAAAAAAUAAUAAUCCCCCUGUCCACAUCAACACGCAUUAUCCUUUUUGUUAAUUCGUAUAUCACGUAGAUACAUGCAGCCUACCUAAUGAUCAUUGACGUUCAAAUAAAUUUUUUUUGUCGCGUCAACAAUAUGUCCCCCAUCCUUGCCCCUGCACUGCACCGGUGCUUGAAAUGAAGUCGGGUAAAUUUUCCACUCC